AUGGCAUCAACUAAACAUCAAACAUCAAUCCCCAUCAAGUCAUUUGAAAGUAUUGUGGCCAAAAUACUAGAUAAGUCAAACGAUCACACCAUGAAGUGUUUCGACAAUCUGCUUAAGAAAUCUAACGAAAACCUUGAAAAAGUCAUAACUCUGUCCAACAACAGUCUUGACAAGAUAUUUGAAAAGUUUGACUCCAACCUGACGUUGGUUAUUGAAAAGUCAAACGAAAAUUUGCGCAAAUCACUGGCUAACUCGGAGGGUUUAAUGAGCAAACUUUUUGAAUCAACAUUGCUGCGAAUGGAGGUCCUCAGUAAUAGCUUCGAGCGAGCGGUCAGAAGUAUGUCAGACGCCGUCACUGAUUCAAUGUGUCAACUUCACAAUACUAUGUCCACAUUGACCACCAGUGUCUCUGAGUGUCAGAAACAGGUAUUGAGGCUCAACGAGACACCAAUGAUUGAGCAAAUGACCAAGGCUCUGAGGAUAGUUGAACGAGAGCGUAAAGAUGAGGAACGCCGAGCCAAUAACGUGAUCAUUUCUGGUCUUGUGGAGCAAUCAGGAAUCAGAGAUAUUGUGUUGGAUUUCUGUAAGAAACAUCUGGCGAUCAAACCACAGGCGGAACAAGCUUACAUCAAGCGCCAGGCACGACGCCUUGCCAAAUUAGCCGGUGACAAAUCUAAAGCGGAGGAGGCUGACAAAGAACAGCCCUUUCGUUAG